AUCUCAUCUACCCCCGGUGCCUUGCCACUGAGGAGCUUCUCAACUACCUCAGUGACCUCAGCUUGGGGAAUCGAAGAGUCCACAACUGAGCCCCCGCCCUCUGCUUCCUCAGUGGAAGACAUUGUGUUUUGCAUAUAGAGCAACUUUAAUGGUGUUAUGUGUUAAUUAACACAUUAGCUGACAAACAUGUAGUAACAUGUACUUAGUAUACAUGACAUAAAGUGGUCGUUAUACACAAAAAAACACAUAAGGCUCAUAUAGCAGUUAAACUUAGCUCUUUGUUAAUUCCUAAUACAUGGCUUAAUUAAUGAGUAUGUUUAUACUUAUAAAAUACAUAUAUAGGUAUUAAUUCAGGCAUUAGUGCAUGAUUAUUCAUGUACUGUUAUACAAAUGUGUUACUCGUAUCAUCUACGUUGCAGCUAGAAACAAAAAUAAUAAACAUACGGUAUGAACAACAAUUCAAUGUUUUAUAUUUUAUGUUUAUGCACUGAAUUGAAGUGUUGGUGGUGCAGAGGUAAUGUCAGUGCCUCAGAGCUCUAGAUUAGAUACGGCUUUAGAUAUAGACUGUCUAUGUAGUGUUUUGCACGUUCUCUCCAUGGCACCUCUGGGUUGUCCGGUUUUCUCCCAACCCUAAAAAGAAUGGGAUUAGGUGGAUUAACUAUUCUGAACUGUGUUGUUGUAAAUGUAUAUGUUAUGCCCCAUGAUAGACUAAUGUCUCAUACACUGUUUAAAUAAAUUAAAAACCAAUAAAAUCUAACAUCACCUCCUACAUACAGUAUGUAUUUCCAAAAAUAAUUUACUAAUAGUACUGUGUAUUCUAUACAUAUAAAACAGAGCUAGUCCAUGGCAGUACCUGAGCACUGAUCAUGGUCACGUGUAUGUUUUUGCAGAUGACAGAGCUAAGGGUGAUUAUUUGUUUCCUGGCUGAAUUCAUCAUGGUCUGCGCAUCCAUAAAUUAUUCAUCCCAGUGUAGACAAAAACAGAACACAGAGUUUGUCCAUGUGAUACAGGAAGAAGGGCUGCGCCUGCCCUGCCCCAACUCCGGAUGCAAACAAGUGAUCAAUGAUUCGCUGAUAUUUUGGUUCAAAAAUGAAAGUGACGGAAUCCAACCAAUCAGCGUGGAGGAAACCAAGCGGGUCCAUUACCAUGGCGGCAUCUUGUACUUCCUGCCUUUAAGUCUGAAUGACUCAGGCAUUUAUAUGACACAAUGGUGGCGUUAUCCACAUAAGUGUUAUGAGUUUGUAACUGAAAUUGUGGUUCAUGAGAACAUUGUCCUCAGUCCAGUGUACAAUACCUUCUUUGAAAAACAACUCAUUCUGAGUUUCGAUUGUCCAGUAUGGCAAAACAAAGGAGAAAACAUCUCUUGGUACAAGGAUUUCCAUCUGAUCCCUAAGAAGUCCAACCAAACGCUUAAAAUUUACCAAACUAAAGAAACUAAUGGAAUCUACACCUGUAUCUGCAUGUGGGAACAUCAUGGACAACUUUACAACACCAGUGGAUCCCAUAAGGUUCUAGAAAAAGAUGAUGCAGUGGCUUUUCCACCAACCUUUCAACAUCCCAUUAACAACUCUGUGGAGUUUGUGAACCUGGGGGAGGAGGUGAAGCUGAACUGCCUGGUGUUCUUUGGUAACAAGGUAUACUAUAACAGAAUUGUGCGCUGGGAAAGGAACAGCAGCAAACUGGAGUGUGACACCAGGAUUGAAAAUGGAUCAUGGCUGUCAAGUUUCACAAUUAGUCAGGUAUUGAAGACAGACCUCCAAUAUCCAUAUUGUUGUAUAGCCAGGAGCCUUUGGGAAAUGGAGUUUGUGUGCAUCACCCUCAAGACCAGAGAAUCACUGCUCCCUGUGACUGUGACGUUUUCAUGCAUGGUCCUGUUCCUUCUGCUAGCUGCUGGGAUGGUAAAGAGGUUCACUGUGGAUCUUGUCUUGUUCUUUCGAAGCUUCAGAAUAAUGCAGAGAAAAAGAGAUGAUGGCAAAGUAUAUGAUGCAUAUGUGAUCUACCAGAAGGAUAACGUAGAUGAGAUAACAGGAUCGAAAGCUGAUUAUUUUGUCAACAAAAUUUUGCCAGCUGUACUGGAGAAGGACUGCGGCUUUAAACUCUACAUUGACGGCAGAGACGACCUACCGGGUGAAGAUUGCACAGCGUUUAUUGAGACGAGUAUGCAGCUGAGCCGCAGACUCAUAGCUGUGUUGCCAGGAAGCAGUCACCAUCAAGGUGCCACAGCCUCCCUGUGUUAUGACUGGCAUGUGGGACUGCACCGGGUGCUGGUUGAGCAGGAGCUCAGAGUGAUUCUAAUUCAACUGGAUGACAUGAAGGAGUAUUCCCAUCUGCCCCUGGGGCUGCAGCAUCUACUCCAGAAGACUCCGCCCCUAAGGUGGAACGAGCGGAGUAGCCGAGCAACUUGCCCCUCCUCUUGUUUCUGGAAGCAGGUGCGCUACAUGAUGCCUGUUCCUUCAGUCUCCAGCUCUCGUUGAUGUUGACAUUUAACUCUAUUUAAGCACUGUUAAACUUCUAUCUUAAAUGUACCUGAAGUCACAAAACAGUAUCUAUCUAUCUAUCUAUCUAUCUAUCUAUCUAUCUAUCUAUCUAUCUAUCUAUCUAUCUAUCUAUCUAUCUAUCUAUCUAUCUAUCUAUCCACUUGGAAACAUGAAUGUAACCUAUUAUAAAUUGUACAUAAGGAUUUUUAUGUACACAAUUAUAACAUAUGAUUGAUCAUUUUCAAAUUGAUUGUAUAAUUGUAUUAAUUGUAUUAAAUAAAGAUAAGAUUCUUCUUGUACCUAGGUGUCUACAGGAAAUUCCUUCUCUAUUUCCAGAGAUUGCUGCAGAGUUAUAAGUAAAAAAAAAAAAAACUUAACCUAGUUAAUUCUGAGUAACUAGUUGUGGGUUAGUGCUGGUUAGAAUACCAGCUGUUUGUGCUUUUGAGUAUAAUAAAGGCAGAAAUAUAGAAAUUAAUUUAGAAAAAAAUAGAGAAAAUAUUAGAUUUAAAAACUUAGAAUACAUUUCUGUAAAUAAAUCAAACAUUUAAUAUUAAAUCUUAUAAACAAACCAAUAAAAACAGAUGUGCAUUUACAUCUUCUGAAAAAUAUUAAUAAACAAUCCGAUAUGAGAAGUUUACUUGCUCUCUGGUGCCUUCAUGUGGACAGAGUCAGGAAUAUAUGGACAGAGUCAGGAAUAUAAUUUAAGCCUCUUUGUCCUGCUUUCAAAACACUUAUUUACACUUUUUGAAUAGGAAAUCCUGAACCAGAACCAAAACCUUUUCAAUUAGUUCUGAAUGAAACACAGAAGCCGAAUACUACAGGGACAGACCAGCAUCUUCCAUGUUAAAUUCCAUGUGUCAUAAAUAGUGUACAUUGAUGAUGAUGAUGAUGAUGAUGAUGAUGAUGAUUCUGUUCAUUGAAACUGCUGGAAUAUUGGACAUGGUACCAAUAAACAUGCCUACUGUAUAUCACUUCCUAUUUCUUCUUCGUAGGGUUUUCAGGUUAAACUAUAUUCAAACAUACAGGGAUUUUUUCUCUGCCAGUCUCCAGUCGCUGUACUGUGAAGUCGCCAGUAGGCAUUCCUAUCCUCUGCUGGUUGCCUUAAUAAUAACGUUUAUACUCCCAGCUACAAUAAAACAUUCUGGAGGGAAAUUUGGUGUCUGUGUGUAAAUCUCAGAGCGACAUCCGCUCGCUUUUUUGAUGCUUAUGUGAAAAUGUAGAAUAACAACAGAAUAGUGCAAGGUUUGAAUCCUGGUUAUAUCAAAGCCAUCCAUGUCCUCUCUGAGUGGGAUGCUCUGACAAACUGUUCAUUAUGUGGAAGAGGGUGAAUAAUCCUUGGUCUGAGACGACUUCCUGUUUGGUUUCUGUCAUAGCAGACUAAAAAAAGUC